AUGACUCAAGAACAAGUCACCGCUGCUGUCUCGACAGAACAAUUAGAACAAAAUUCCUCGCAUGAAGAGCAGCAAUAUCUCAACUUGAUUCGCACAAUCCUCUCCGAGGGCGAACACAGGCCUGAUCGCACAGGCACCGGCACGCGAUCAUUAUUUGCGCCUCCACAACUCCGAUUUUCCCUCUCAAAGCCCAACCCAGAAGGUGGCGAUCCAAUCCCAGUGCUACCACUCCUCACGACAAAACGCGUCUUCCUACGCGCCGUCCUUGCCGAGCUCCUCUGGUUCAUCUCAGGUUGCACAUCAUCCCUGCCACUUUCCGCAGCCGGGAUCAAGAUCUGGGACGGAAAUGGUAGCCGUGAGUACCUGGAUAAAGUAGGACUGGGACAUCGUGAGGAAGGAGACUUAGGCCCCGUGUACGGGUUCCAAUGGCGACACUUCGGCGCAGAGUACGUGGACGCCAAGGCAGACUACACAGGCCAGGGCGUGGACCAACUCAAAGAUGUCGUAGAUAAGAUCAUGAACUCGCCCUUUGACCGACGCAUUAUCAUGAGUGCGUGGAACCCGGCCGAUCUACGCAAGAUGGCCCUGCCGCCUUGCCACAUGUUCGCGCAGUUCUACGUCUCCUUCCCACCGACCAACAAGCUCGAUGAGAAGACUGGCCGCCCGACUGAGAAGGGUACACUGUCUUGCCAGCUCUACCAGCGCUCUUGUGACAUGGGUCUUGGAGUGCCAUUCAAUAUCGCUUCGUACGCGCUUCUUGUCCACAUCCUUGCCCACGCUGCUGAUCUUCACCCUGGUACUUUGAUUCACACUAUGGGCGAUGCGCACGUUUACCUCGACCAUGUCGAUGCCUUGAAUGAGCAGCUAACUCGUGAGCCUACUGAGUUCCCGGAGUUGCGCAUCAAGCGUGAUGAUCGUGGUAGUGCGGUCGUUGACGGCUGGAAGGAAGAUGAGUUUGAGGUUAUCAAUUAUAAGCCUCACAAGAUCAUCAAGAUGAAGAUGAGUGUUUGA